AUGAGAGCUGUUGUGCUUGCCCUGACGGUAGCCCUUGUGGCAAGUCAACAGAUCAACCUUGAAUUAACUCAACUCUCUUCAGUUCCUGAGUUUGCCCUUGAUAAAACCUACGUGUACAAGUAUGAGGCUCUGCUUUUGGGCGGUCUCCCUCAUGAAGGUCUGGCAAGAGCUGGUGUAAAAGUCAGCAGCAAGGUUCUCCUCAGUGCUGUGACAGAGAAUACCUUCCUGAUGAAGCUCCUGGAUCCUCUGCUCUAUGAGUACAGUGGCAUCUGGCCCAAGGAUUCUUUUGUUCCAGCCACUAAGCUCACUUCAGCACUGGCAGCUGAACUCCAGAUUCCCAUCAAGUUUGAGUAUGCUAAUGGUGUGGUUGGAAAGGUAUUUGCCCCUGCAGGAGUCUCCCCUACUGUCAUGAACUUGCACAGAGGAAUCCUCAACAUCUUUCAGCUCAACCUAAAGAAGACCCAGAACAUCUAUGAACUGCAAGAGGCUGGAGUUCAGGGAGUGUGUAGGACCCACUAUAUCAUCAAUGAGGAUCCAAAGGCCAACCACAUUAUUGUCACCAAGUCUAAGGAUCUGAGCCACUGCAAGGAGAGAAUCAUGAAGGACAUUGGCUUAACGUACACUGAGAAGUGUGUUGAAUGCACCAAGAGGGUCAAGAGUUUGGUUGAAGCAGCAACUUACAACUACAUCAUGAAACCAGCUGCCAAUGGUGUACUGAUCUCAGAGGCAACAGCUGUGGAACUGUAUCAGUACUCACCCUUCAAUGAGAUCCAUGGUGCUGCCCAGAUGGAAGCAAAACAAACCUUGGCUUUUGUUGAACUUGAGAAGACCCCAAUUGUUCCCAUCAAAUCUGAUUAUCUGGCCCGUGGAUCCCUGCAAUAUGAGUUCGCAUCUGAGAUUCUUCAGACUCCAAUCCAACUCCUGAGGAUCAGUGAUGCACCAGCCCAGAUUGUGGAGGUCUUAAAGCACCUGGUUGAACACAAUGUGGCCAUGGUUCAUGAUGAUGCUCCACUUAAGUACGUUCAGCUCGUCCAGCUCCUGCGUUUUGCCACCUUGGAGAAUGUUGAGGCCAUUUGGGCUCAGUUCAAGGACAAACCCGUUUACAGGCACUGGCUUUUGGAUGCUCUUCCUGCUGUUGGUACACCAGUAAUUUUAAAAUUCAUCAAGGACAAAUUCCUGGCUGGUGAAUGUACCAUUGCUGAGUUCAUUCAGGCACUUGUGGUUGCUCUGCAAAUGGUCACAGCUGAUUUGGACACCAUCCAGUUGACUGCUAGUCUGGCAAUGCAUGAGAAAAUUGCUACAAUCCCAGCUCUGCGUGAAGUUGUCAUGCUUGGAUAUGGUUCUAUGAUUGCCAAGUACUGUGUUGAAGUUCCUACUUGCCCUGCAGAGCUCCUCAGGCCCCUCCAUGACAUUUCAGCAGAAGCCAUUGCCAAGAAUGAUAUUCAUGAAAUUACUUUGGCCCUGAAAGUUUUGGGCAAUGCUGGUCACCCUGCUAGUUUUAAAACUAUCAUGAAACACCUGCCAGGACUGAAAACUGCAGGUGCUUCUCUGCCCAUUAGAGUCCAGGUUGAUGCCAUCAUGGCCAUGAGGAACAUUGCCAAAAAAGAGCCCAAAUUGGUUCAGCCAAUGGCCCUGCAGCUCCUACUGGACAGGGCUCUCCACCCUGAAGUGCGUAUGGUUGCUUGUAUUGUAUUGUUUGAGACCAGACCCUCAGUGGCUCUCAUCUCCGGUCUUGCUGGUGCAUUAAGGAUUGAGACUAACAUGCAGGUUGCAAGCUUUGCCUAUUCCCACAUCAAGUCAUUGACCAGAAUCACUGCUCCUGAUAUGGCAACUGUUGCUGGUGCAGCUAAUGUUGCCAUAAAGCUCUUGAGCCCCAUGUUGGACAGGCUUAGCUACCGCUUCAGCAGAGCCCUUCAGCUGGACAUCUAUCAUACUCCUCUUAUGAUUGGAGCUGCUGGUAGUGCCUACAUGAUCAAUGAUGCUGCCACCAUCCUGCCUAGAGCUGUAGUAGCAAAAGCACGUGCCUACAUUGCUGGAGCUGCUGCUGAUGUUUUUGAGAUUGGUGUAAGAACUGAAGGUAUCCAGGAGGCUCUUUUGCAAUCUCCAGCAGCAGAUGAAAGUGUUGACCGUAUCACCAAGAUAAAGCGCACCCUAAGAGCACUCACAAACUGGAAGGCUCUGCCAACCAAUCAAUCUUUGGCUUCAGUCUACAUCAAAUUGCUUGGACAGGAAGUGGCUUUUGUCAACAUUGACAAAACCAUCAUUGAACAAGCAAUACCGAUUGCCACUGGACCCAAACCACGUGAACUGUUGAAGGAGGCCCUGAAAGCUUUGCAGGAAGGAAUUGCAUUGCAAUAUGCCAAACCUCUGCUAGCAGCUGAAGUGCGUCGUAUCUUUCCAACAGCAGUUGGUGUGCCCAUGGAGUUCAGUUUCUACACUGCUGCAGUUGCUGCUGCAUCUGUCAAUAUUCAGGCUACCAUUACACCUCCUCUCCCUGAGCAGCCUGAGACCAUCACUCUUGAACAGUUGAAGAGGACUGAUGUUCAAAUCCGAGCAGAAGUUAAACCAAGUAUUGCUCUGCAGACCUUUGCUGUGAUGGGAGUUAACACUGCCUGGAUUCAAGCUGCUGUUAUGGCCAAAGGAAAGAUCCACACAAUUGUCCCUGGAAAAGUGGUUGCAAGAGCAGAUAUUCUCAAGGGCAAUUACAAGGUGGAGGCUCUGCCUGUUGAGGUUCCUGAACAUAUUAUUACUAUGAGCUUUGAGACUAUUGCUGUGGUCAGAAACAUUGAAGAUCCCUCUGCAGAGAGAAUUGUUUCCUUGGUACCUGAAUUGUCCAUGCAAAAGACGCCCUAUGCUGGUGACCGUUCCUCUGAGAACACUGAUCCUGAUAUGCCAGCUGUGAGAGCUGCUACUCCAUUCCACAAGACCUUCUGUCUUGCUGUCCCAUAUAUUGAAAUCAAGGGAUGCAUUGAGGUGCAUUCACACAAUGCUGCUUUUAUUGAGAAUGCUCCUCUGUUCUACAUAAUUGGACAGCACUCAGUCCAUGUUUCAGUAGCAAGAGGUGAAGGUCCUGCAGUUGAAAAACUCGAGCUUGAGGUUCAAGUUGGCCCUAGAGCUGCUGAGAGGCUUCUUAAGCAAAUCAAUCUUGUUGAUGAGGACACUCCAGAGGGAAAGAGCAUCCUGAUGAAACUGAGGGAAAUCCUGGAGACUGAAGCAAAAGAAGUUCCUGUCUCUUCUGAAAGCAGCAGUAGCCGCAGCAGCCGCAGAAGCCGCAUCAUCAGUUCCAGCAGUUCAAGCUCCUCGAUGUCCAGCUCUCGCAUAACUAAGACUGCCACCAUGAUUGAGCCCUUCAGGAAAUUCCACAAAGAUCGGUACAUGGCACCCCAUGGAGCCUCAAAGGCAGUUAGCAGUGGAAGCACUGGAUCAAGCUUUGAGGCUAUUCGGAAACAGGCUAAGUUCCUUGGGAAUUCUGUUCCACCUGUUUUUGCUAUCAUUGUCCGUGCCGUAAGAGUUGAUCAAAAGCUGCUGGGCUACCAACUUGCUGUAUACUUUGACAAGCCAACUGCAAGAGUGCAGCUCAUCAUUUCCUCAAUUGCUGAAAAUGACAACUUGAAGAUUUGUGCUGAUGGUGUCCUGCUAAGCAAACACAAAGUCACUGUAAGACUGGAACUCUUGUGA